UCCUACAGAAAAUACCAUUACACGUGCAUACAGUACGCUGAAAUGGACCGUUUUGUUGGUCGGUGUGACAGCCAAUGUGACCGUUGAAAAUAAAGAGAAAUUGUUAAGUCUUGGAAAGAUUGUAAGGAAAAAAACAGCUGAAUUGGAUAUUUCACUGGUCCAUAUUGAGUGAAGACUGCAGAGUUUUUCUCUUCAUAUUGAGUGAAGACUGCGGAGUUUUUCUCUUCAUAUUGAGUGAAGAUUGCUGAGUUUCUCUCUUCAUAUUGAGUGUUCCCUGUGAAAUUCACAUCUUCAACAUUAAAACUUCAAUCAAAGGAGGGUAAGGACAUUUUCAUUUAUGCAUUUAAUGUAAUUUAUGAUUAUGUUUGACAGUGUAUAACAAUUCCGCAUAACAAUUGAAUAUUUUUUUAUGUCACAGGGAAGAGUAUACAUUGAAGUAUUUCAGUGUAGUUUUUCGUUGAGUGGCCUACGUCACAGCACAUUCUUCUUGAGCUGCCCAAAUCAGACUGAAUGAAUGCAGAUUCAUGUAGGGACAUCAAGUGUAUUUUCAGGAAUUUGGCUCAAAUCUUUGUAGUUGUAGAAACAUAUUUUUAAAGGGAUACAUGUCUUCUGAGUAUCAGCCUAUAGACCCCUGAAUGGAUCCAAAUUUGAAAAUGUGCCUCGGUUGCCAUAGCACCUGUUACUGCACUGAAUGUGAUUCUAAGCUGUUUAGACUCCUUAUGUAAAGCGGAAGGCCAAGCGGAUACAGAGAGAGACGGACGGACGGACGGACGGACGGACGGACGGACGGACAGACAGGUGGAGAUUUACUUUGGGCGUGAGGAUGAACGGCAGCCAAUCAAACCUGUCUCUGAAGUGUGUGCGUGACACCAGUGUGACAGCGGUGGUCUUCCCCUGUCUCUACAGCGCCCUCUUCCUAUUUGCGCUGGUACUCAACUGCCUGGCUGCAUGGAUCUUCUUCAACAUCCGCAGCACCACCACCUUCGUGGUCUACCUGAAGAACGUAGUGGUGGCAGACCUGCUGAUGACUCUGUCCAUCCCGUUGAAGGUCCUCGCAGACGCCGACGUGGGCUCCUGGCGUCUGCGUGCGUUCUACUGUCGCUACUCCGCCGUCCUCUUCUACACCACCAUGUACAUCAGCAUCCUGCUCCUGGGGCUCAUCAGCCUGGACCGCUACCUCAAGAUAGUCAGGCCCUUUGGGAAGUGCGCCCUCCAGAGGGUCGGGGUGGGACAGGCCUUGAGUGCGGCCGUCUGGGCUGUGAUGGUGUCUCUGGCUCUGCCCAAUGCCAUUCUAAGUGACCGCACACCGCUGUUCUCUGGUGGCCGGCUGAAGUGUACCUCUCUAAAGGGUCAGGCCGGCAUGCUGUGGCACGAGGGCUUCAACUACUUUUGCCAAGUGGUGUUUUGGGGAACACUGGCUCUGAUGCUGUUGUGUUACACCUUCAUCAGUCGGAAAGUCUACGAGUCCUACAGAGCCUCGCGUAGUGGCUCCAAAGCGGCCAGCCGCAGGACCAAGGCCAAAGUCUUUGUGGUGGUGGGGGUGUUUUUCAUUUGUUUCGCCCCUUUUCAUUUCGCCAGGGUGCCCUACACUCUCACCCAGACCCGAAACAUGGACAACCACUGUCGGGCGCAAAACGCACUCUACGUUGCCAAGGAGACCACUCUCUGGCUGUCUGCCACUAACGUGUGUCUGGACCCGCUGAUCUAUGUGUUCCUGUGCAGGAUGUUCCGGAAAAGAUUGACUGCCACACUCAACCGCAAGCCCCUCCCCCAGGGCGGUUUGGAGUCACCCACGGCAACCUCCACUCAGCUGGAGAUGUCACAGAUAGUACAUAACAGAAUGUUGGAUGUCAGUUCGGCCUAGAAGCACAACGGACAUGUUUUUUUCCCAGCUCUAUUAAAUUGUAAAUAUAUUUCGGCAAGAUUAACCCCUGGACAGGUUGUGACCAGAGUAAAGCCCUCAAAUAAUCUCUGGAUAAGUGGCUCUGUUACUAAGACAGUGUUGCAGGUCUAAUAGGCUAUAUUUAAUUUAAUUUUAAUUUUACCUUUAUUUUACUAGGCAAGUCAGUUAAGAACAAAUUCUUAUUUUCAAUGACGGCCUAGGAACAGGGGGUUAACUGCCUGUUCAGGGGCAGAAAGACAGAUUUGUACCUUGUCAGCUCAGGGGUUUGAAACUUGCAACCUUUCGGUUACUAGUCCAACGCUCUAACCACUAGACUACCCUGCCGCCCCAAUAUAAACAGUGUUCCCACAUGACCUCUGUGAUAGCCCAUGUGUGACGAGUAUUUUGAAACAAAAUGGCUGGUGUUACAUCCGAUAACUGCAGCAGGGCUUUCUAAAUAUCAUCACCAGACACAAGAGUCAACCCAGACUAAUGUGUCGGUCUCUAAUGAUCGCAAAGUCAUCCUGUCUUUUUUUCUCAGCGUAAUUUACUGUCAGCUCUCACUUCCCUUUUCCUAAUCUUCUCCAAAAAAUACUUUCCUUCUUCUUAAUUUCACCAGAAAGGAAAACAACUCGACUGAGUGCUUUUAGAUAAUGUGAGUGUGACGAUGUAACAUACACGCUUACGAAAUGGUAUGUUGUUUGUGUGUAUAGUAUAGGGUGAUGCAGUUUUCACAUGUUGUUGGAAAGCAAGACAAAAACACAGUUUCUCAGACAUCUCAUGCAAAUACACUACAUGUACAAAAAUAUGUGGACACCCCUUCAAAUUAAUAGAUUCAGCUAUUUCAGCCACACCCGUUGCUGACAGCCAUGCAUUCUCCAUAGACAAACAUUGGCAGUGGGAUGGCCUUACUGAAGAGCUCGGUGAUUUUCAACGUGGCAUCGUCAUAGGAGGCCACCUUUCCAACAAAUCAGUUUGUCAAGUUUCUGCCCUGCUAGAGCUGCCCCGGUCUACUGUAAAUGCUGUUAUUGUGAAGUGGAAACGUCUAGGAGCAACAACGGCUCAGCUGCGAAGUGGUAGGCCACACAAGCUCACAGAAUGGGACCGCCGAGGGCUGAAACAAGUAAAAAUCAUCUGUCCUCGGUUGCAACACCAACUACCGAGUUCCAAAUUGCCUCUGGAAUCAACGUCAGCACAAUAACUGUUCUUUAGGAGCUUCAUGAAAUGGGUUUCCAUGGCCAAGCAGCCACACAAAGCCUAAGAUCACCAUGCCCAAUGCCGAGUGCCGGCUGGAGGGAUGUGAAGCUCACCACAGUUGGACUCUUAAAGCAGUGGGAAUGCGUUCUCUGGUGUGAUGAAUCACGCUUCACCAUCUGGCAGUCCGACGGACGGGAGAAGGCUACCUGCCCAAAUACAUAGUGCCAACUGUAAAGUUUGGUGGAGAAGGAAUAAUGAUCUGGGGCUGUUCUUCAUGGUUCGGGCUAGGCCCCUUAGUUCCAGUGAAGGGAAAUCUUAAUGCUACAGCAUACAAUGACAUUCUAGACGAUUCUGUGCUUCCAACUUUGUGGCAACAAUUUUUGGAAAGCUACUUUCUGUUUCAGCAUGACAAUGUCCCCGUGCACAAAGGGAGGUCCCUUGGUUUGUCGAGAUCGGUGUGGAAGAACUUGGCCCGCACGAAACCCUGACCUCAACCCCAUCGUUGAGGUCAGGGUUUGGGAUGAAUUGGAACGUUGACUGCGAGCCAGGCCUAAUCGCCCAACAUCAGUGCCCCACCUCACUAAUGCUCUUGUGACUGAAUGGAAACAAGGCACCGCAGCAAUGUUACAACAUCUAGUGGAAAGACUUCCCAGAAGAGUGGAGGCUGUUAUAGCAGCAAUGUUCCAGCAUCAAGUGGAAAGCCUUCCCAGAAGAGUGGAGGCUGUUAUAGCAGCAAUGUUCCAACAUCUAGUGGAAAGACUUCCCAGAAGAGUGGAGGCUGUUAUAGCAGCAAUGUUCCAUCAUCUAGUGGAAAGCCUUCCCAGAAGAGUGGAGGCUGUUAUAGCAGCAAUGUUCCAGCAUCAAUUGGAAAGCCUUCCCAGAAGAGUGGAGGCUGUUAUAGCAGCAAUGUUCCAAUAUCUAUUGGAAAGCCUUCCCAGAAGAGUGGAGGCUUUUAUAGCAGCAAUGUUCCAACAUCUAGUGGAAAGACUUCCCAGAAGAGUGGAGGCUGUUUUUACAGCCAAACGGAGACCAACUCCAUAUUAAUGCCCAUGAUUUUGGAAUGAGAUGUUCGAUAAGCAGGUGUCCACAUACUUUUGCUCAUUUAGUGUACCAAUCAGUACACAAAUACUGCAGAGGAAGAAUGGUUGGUUUAAUAAAGAAUGGUUGGUUUGAUAAAGCAUGGUUGGUUUAAUAAAGGAUGAUUGGUAUAGUAAAGAAUGGUUGUUUUAAUAAAGAAUGGUUGGUUUAAUAAAGGAUGAUUGAUUUAAUAAAGAAUGGUUGGUUUAAUAAAGAAUGGUUGGUUUACAGUU